CGAGUACACGGCCGGCGAGCUGUGGAGAGCGGAGAACAAAGGGGUGCAAGCCAUUUCAGGAGGCAGUACGCACCUUUUUCUUGUGAUAAUAGACCUAGUCAUAGCAGAAUGCGGAGACCGGCCAGCAGAACGCUUGUGGCGGGACUUUGUGCAGCGGCCAGCAGCGUGUCCUACGCCGGAAGAGCACUAGACGCUGGUUCGUGGGAAGUCGUCAGGGGAGGACAGGAUUGCCAUCGCUCGUUCCCCGCCUUCUUGUGGGCCGGUUCCAACACCGGAGGGACUCUGGAGGAGGGCUACCACCAUGCAGCGACGGAUGCCUUCGAGGUUGCGGAGAUAGUAGUCGACGCCGCCGCUUCCGCGAAAGAGAUGGAGGUGGUCGUUGUGGUUCUUUCCCAGGGGAGCUCGUUUUCUACCUCCGGUGUGAGUGACGCCAACGCCGCUGCUAGGUCUGCGGACGGAAGAUCGCCGCUGCACGCCAAGUCCGCGAGCGCCACGUUCCCGUACACCUACCCCUCCCCUAUCACCUUGCGAAACGCGCUGCCGCUCUUGGCGGGAGAGCUCGAGGUCCCCGUGCACACGCUUCUCCUGGAGGAAGUGAUACCCGCAAGCUCGUCGCUCGGGCUGCUGGACGACGGAAAGCUGGACUUGAUCAUUGUCACCGUGCCGGAAGCGGCCACCAUCGAGGAAACGGACGCAACAGUAAGCACCGUGACAUCGUCACUGGAGGAGAAGAGCGACGGCAGAUUCAUCUUCUUGUGGACGGGGGACUUCCACGACGAGGCUUGCGGCCGCCGAUCCCUGAAGGCCGAAUCGCGCGCCCACCGCCGCCUCGCGACGGAGUCGCUAACCCGGACGAUCAAGAUAACGCCCGACAUCUUGGCGGGGCUGCUGACGCUGCUCCUGUUCCUGUUCAUUUUGGUGACCGGUCUUGGCUGCGUGGGGGACAUCGAGUGCCCCAAGUCCUUUUCGUCGGAGGACCCGGCCAAGGGGAGAGAGUAUUAGCUUUGCUUCUUACUGACGGGGGUUCUUUUUUUCUAGGCGGCGGGUUAGGACAUACGACACACAGCAGGCCAGGUUUCUGAUUGGUCGAAAUAAGAAAAGGGGCGCAUUUUUUUCCCUUUCUGUCUCUCAUGCUGGCGCUGCCUUGUGCAGCCGAAGUGAGCGCGAAGCAGUUUUUGUUCGUGUCUCGGCCACGGGGUAUUGAAGGGCGUAGAUGGCAAGGCCGUGCUCUUUGUACAGCGUGGUUGAUGGUUCUGCUGGUAAGUAUUUUUUCUGCUAGUGUUUGGGUGAAUGGGGACGGCGGGCGGAGGGGUGAUCCUCACAACGACCUCCCGCGUAUCGUGUCGUAUCGUGUUGGCGUUGGAGUCCAUCGCGAAAAGUUAUGGGCACGUGCAUGUCCACCGGUUUCAUUCAUUCCGCUACCGUAUAGGAAUACCCAUUACCAUGAUACGGAGCGGAGGUUGGGCCCCGAUCGAAUGUUUAGCUACGUAUGCAAAGCCGUGGUAUGUGCUUGACACUAUGUCAUGUAUUUUGAUAGGUUCUUCCUGCGAGGAGUGCACAUGGUUCGUGCGCGCCCCUGUUGUGCGUUGUGUGUCUUGGGGUGCCCUAGGUAGAUCUUGCUUGCCCCAUAGUUUUCCGGUAAGACGAGCAUCAGCGCUCCCACAGGCGAGGGUGAUCGAAGGGCUCGAGUAGCUUCCUCGCGGAAUUUUCCAGAUUCCGUUUUUGCCGCCCAGCCAGAGGGUGGCAGUUGGGGAUGCGUCAUGGAAAGGAAUCGCUUUCUGUUCUGUUUGCCCACCCUAUCACGUGUUUGCAAGAGGUUGAGCGAGACGGCGGUGAUGUGGCCACGGCUCUGACGAGAAAUACGAGUCGGAUGUCAUGAAUACUCCUUCAAUGAUGAUGGUGUGGACCCGCGUGCCGCGUGGAUGGAUGCAUGCGUGGCCGCGCUCUCCCCCUGCGUGCUAGAUGCAAAAAGGUUGCCUGAGGUUGGACGCUAGAUCCAUGUCGAUCAAAGAAUCAACAAGGAGCCCGCGCCUGCCGGCAAGCACCAGCAAGGACUUGUCAAA